CCCCUACCAGCUGGAUCUGGACGGAGACGCCAGGAGCACUUUCCUCACUGACUCACUGUGGAUCCCCCGGCCAAGAGCUGGUGGCAGAAUUACAGCGCUCCGCUCCGCGAGAAUAGAGCAGAGCGCUGCCAAACGCCGCUGCUCCACCUCCGAACCACUCCGCACCGAUUCACGAUUUUGGCCUACGGGCGUGGAGCUGAAGAUACCUGCUCCCCCCUGAUUCACCUUCGAUUCCCCUCCUUGUAAAGCCAUCCAUCACCUGCACCCCUCCUCGCGGCCGCAUCCCUCUUCAAGAGGCAGCGCCGCCCCUCUCCGCCGGCCGAGCCGCCCCUCUCCAUGGCUGCUGAGGUCCACCAGGGCAUGUAGAAGCCAUAGCCUGGGUGAAUUGAGAAGAGGCUCACCGUGGGCGACGGAUUUCGCGGCGUGGAGGUCCUUCUCUGGCGCCGCACCUCUUCCUCACGCUCGCGCAGCAGGUGGCGCAGGUUUUCACCAGCGCCCGCGACUCCUCGCGCGAGCCCUCUCUGGCGCCCAGACCGCCUCGCACGGGCGCAGCCCCCCGCGCCGCCCCUCUCCUGCCCCACGCCGCUUCCUCGCGACUCAUGCUACAGCAGCCACGCCUUCUCACGCUUGCCUGCGGCUCGCCCUCCUCUUCCUCUGCCUCUGCGGCCUCCGCGCCGUCGAGCAUGAGCAAGACGUGGAGCUGGAGCUGACCGGGAAGGUGUACCAAACGAUUGGGUCGCGAAUCGAUACAGAGCCGGAGCUGGAGCUGGUUGGAGCCGCGUGAGAGCGGUACCAAACGGGCCCUUAGGAGCCACCUGCUGAGCUUGGUGCUUGCAGCAUGGAGCUGGUGACGGGUGCGAUGGGGAGCCUGCUUCCCAAGCUGGGCGAGCUGCUCAAGGAGGAGUACGGCCUGCAGAAGGGCGUGCGAAAGAAGAUCCAGUCCCUCUCGCAGGAGCUCGAGGCUGCGCAUGCCGUCCUCCGAAAGAUCGGCGACGUGCCACCGGAGCAGCUCGACGAGCUUGUCAGGCUCUGGGUGCGCGAUGUCAGGGAAUCAUCGUACGACAUGGAGGACAUCGUCGACACGUUCCUGGUGCGCGUCGAUGAUGGCGCAGAGCCUGCCGACCCACACAGGCUCAGGCGCCUCCGGAAGAAGGUGGGCGGUCUGUUCAAGAAGAGCAAGGCUCGCCGAAAGAUCUCUUGCCUGAUCCAGGAGAUCUACGCGAAGCUUGACGAGGUGGCAGCAAGGCAUGGUAGGUUCACCGUCGACAGCAUUGUAGCCAAGCCUGCAGCUGCGACGACCAUCGAUCCUCGAAUUCUGAAUCUGUUCAAAAGGGCAACAGAGCUUGUUGGCAUCGAGGGGCCAAAGGAUAGGCUCAUAAACAUGCUGUCCCUAGGGGGUGAUGUUGAUAUGCCCCGUAAGAAGGCGAUGAUGGUCGUCUCGGUCGUUGGAUUCGGAGGGCUGGGCAAGACCACUCUUGCCAAAGCUGUCUACGACCAGCUUAAACUGCAUUUCGAGCGUAGUGCUUUUGUUCCAGUGGGUCGGAACCCUGACGUGAAGAAAGUCCUUAGAGACAUUCUCAUUGAUCUUGACAGGGGAAAGUAUGCCAACUCAGAUUUGAUGGUGCUGGAUGAAAGGCAGCUCAUGGAAGAACUUGAGGAAUUCAUCAAGGAAAAGAGGUGUUUCAUUGUUAUUGACGAUAUAUGGGACAAGGAAUCAUGGAAACUAAUCAGAUGUGCUCUGCAAAACGGUCAUUGUGGAAGUAGAGUAGUCGUAACAACUCGUACUUAUGAAGUGGCUGCACAGGCAGACCAAGAGUACAAAAUACAACCACUUUCUCGUGACAACUCUAAAAAGUUAUUGUAUGCAAGAAUAGCUGAUGGUGAAGGGAAGUACUUUGAUAGUCCAUCAGCUGAGGCAUGUGACAAAAUUUUGAAGAAAUGUGGUGGUGUGCCAUUAGCUAUCAUUACAAUAGCCAGUUUGUUAGCUAGUAAACCAUGGGAGGACUGGUCCGAGGUCUACAACUCUAUUGGUUUUGGGCAGGGAGGCAAUGAUGAUGUAGAUAAUACUAGAAAGAUAUUGUCUUUCAGCUAUUAUGAUCUGCCUUCACAUCUAAAGCCUUGCUUACUGUACCUAAGCAUAUUUCCAGAAGAUCAAGAGAUAAAGAAAAAUAGAUUGAUAUGGAUGUGGGUAGCUGAAGGUUUUGUCGUCCAUGAGGAACAAGCAGCAGGCAUUGGAUUAUUUGAGCUCGGGGAGAGGUACUUCAAUGAGUUGAUAAACAGAAGCAUGAUCCAGCCAGUGGAGAGAGAUGAUAAAGGGUAUGUAGAUGGUUGCUUUGUUCAUGAUAUGGUUUUUGAUUUGGUCCGCUCAAUGUCGAGCCAAGAAAAUUUUGUCACGGUAUUGGAUGGCGAUGAUGAGCGACAGAAACUUUCGGGAAGCAUUGCUCGCAGGAUAGCCCUGCAGCGGAUCGAACAGCAUAGCGGCAGUCAACUGCUAGCUAAUAUUGCUGUGGAUAAAAUAAGAUCCUUUAUUACCAGUGAGUGCAAUUUUGGUCCGUCAUCAUGCCCACACACUCCAGUUUUACGUGUAUUAGAUAUGCAAGACUGUUAUAAUGGAGAAAAAAUACAUGAAGGUAUGCUAGAUCAUCUUGGGAGUUUGCUUCACCUGAGGUACCUCCGGUUAGCAUCAUCAGUUGGAAAAACUAAUAUCAAACUGCCCAGGGAAGUGAGAUAUCUCAAGUUUCUGCAGACACUGGAUUUAUUGAAAUUCUGCAUAAAUGAGCUGCCCGAUGAGGUGGGAUUGCUGACGCAACUGGUUUGCCUACGUGUUGGUUCGGGAACAAGGAUUCCGAAUGGUUUGAUAGGUAAACUGACCUCGUUGCAAGAGCUGGAGAGAUGGCCUCCUGCUGAUGAUGAUUAUGAUGAUGCUAGAAGAAUGCAGGUUGUGAAGGAGCUGGGCAUGCUGCGGGAACUGAGGGUGCUCCGCACUAAAAUUCCUGUCAGGGAUGAGAGCAUGGCGAGAGCUUUGCUGGAGUCCCUAGGCAAUCUGCACAAUAUCCGGAUGAUGCACAUUAAGGGCGCAUCGCUAUAUAUUGUUAAGAGCAUGACGAGUCAUGAAGGAUUCAUCACCUGUCGUCAUCUCCAAUUCCUGUAUUUGAAGUGCCUCGUGUUCUCUGGACUGCCUAAGUGGAUAAAUUCAUCGCUUGCUCCAAACCUCUCCUAUCUGUAUGUGCAAGUGCAAGCUGUUAAAGGGCAGGACAUGGAAACCCUUGCAAGGUUGCCAGAGCUCCGUAGCCUCACACUGAUAUUGUGUGAUAAAACCAAAUUAGUUAAUAUAAAGAUUCCUUGCACGGCUCAAGGUGUUGGCUACUACUUUCGAAAGUUGAGAAUCUUGAAGAUCGAUGGUGCACCUUUCUGGGUUGAUCUGCGCGAUUGCGUCAGCAACGGCAGUGUUGCAUCUGCUAUCAUGCCAAGUCUUGAAUCCCUUGAGUUUAAAGUCAGUGUGCAGUUCUUAAAAGAUGCGGCCCUGCUUAGUUUUGGCAGGUUGCUUGGUUUCGAGAGCCUUGGAAGAACAUCGCUCCGGAGUGUCAUCGUGACAGUGAACUGUGAAGGUGCCCGUAUUUUGGACGUGGAGGAUGUGGAGGAUGCGUUGGUGCGCACGGCCGCCGUCCAUCCCAAACGUCCCUAUCUUGGAACAGCACGGGAGCAGGAAGAAGAAAUGCUCUCAUCAACCUACCAAGAGGCACGUAUGGAUGUUAGCAGAACCCCUGACUUCGUAUUGAAGGCCUGGAAGUCGGCGGACAUCGUUGACUCUGGACAUAUUCGAGCACUGCGUAUUCCACCAGAUCCAGAAGCAUCUUCCACCAAAGUCCUCCGUCUUCUGUAUGCAAAUAAGGGGAAAUAUCUUUUGACUCUCAGCUCCAAUGCUACUCUUAAGCUGUGGAAAUGGGGGCCCAGUGAAAAAAAUCCUCGUGGCAGGCCCACCACAUCUGUUCCACCUCUACUGUGGCAACCGAAAGAAGGCAUUCUAAUGACAAACGACACAACUGAAGCCAACACUGGAGCAGCAGCUGCCUGCAUUGCCCUAUCAAAAAAUGAGAACUAUAUAAUUUCUGCAUCUGGUGGCAAAGUCUCGUUGUUCAACGCGAAUACAUUCAAGAUCAUGACUACUUUCAUGGCACCUCCACCUGCCGCGACUUUCAUCGCAUUCUAUCCACAAGACAAUAACAUCAUUGCUAUUGGGAUGGAGGACUCUUCAAUUCAAAUCUAUAAUGUCCGCACUGAUGAGGUCCAAAGGGUGCUUAUGGGCCAUCAGAAAAAGGUAACUGGACUGACAUUCUCGCAAUCGAUGAACGUGCUUGUAUCUUCAGGCGCUGAUGCUCAGCUAUAUGUUUGGAGCACUCGCAAUUGGGAGAACAAGAAAUCAAGAUACAUCCGACCUCCAUCUAAUGGUUCUGCUUUAGUUGGUGAUACAAUGGUGCAGUUUCACUAUGACCAAACACAUCUUUUAGUAGUUCAUGAGAGCCAGUUGGCGAUCUAUGAUGGGAAGCUUGAAUGCCUACACUCGUGGUCCCCAAGAGAUGCACUCCCUUCUCCAAUUUCAAGUGCAAUAUACACAUCUGACGGUCUCUUGGUCUACGCGGGAUUUCGCGAUGGAGCAAUUGGAAUAUUCGAAGCAGAAUCUCUUAGGUUACAAUGCAAGAUUGCAGCUUCAGCCUAUAUACCUUCUUCAGUAUCUAGCGGAGGUGGAGUCGUGUAUCCCAUGGCUGUUUCUGUGUAUCCCUGGCUGAAUCCUAACCAGAUUGCACUCGGCAUGAGCGAUGGUGCCGUUCAUGUGCUGGAGCCAUUGGAAGACUGAUCGGCUGGCGAGCUGACCUGCUGGUCAGCGGUGCAAAAUAAAUGUGGUUGUAGGCUGGAUGGCACUGUAUAUGUGCUCGGCCUAUGAUUACUUACAGAUUCAGUUAACUAUUUGGCUUGUUUGUUAGAUAUUCGGUCAAAAAAGAUUUAUAGAUUUUAUGCACCCAGUUGCGUGUACAACAACGCUGGAUUUUCUUGAGACCUUUGCACAACUAAGGCAGCACAAUGGACUUACACAUAUUCCUCUUGGAUCUGUCUGUCUGCUGCGUAUAUUUGCAUUAUAAAAGUUAGUCCUUGCUGUUUGGUUAUAA